AUGAAACUUUUUACUUUUUUAUCUGUUCAAUUAGCCGAGGCAGUUGUAUUUGACGAGACAUGGAUGAUAAAAGGAAGAACAGGGCGGAGAACUCGACUUCAGAGUAACCAAGCUGAUGCUCAAGCCUAUUGUGAGAACCAAGGGGGGACGAUGGCGUAUUUCAAAAAUGAAGGGGAGUUCGCGCUUUUUAGCGAAGAAGAAGUCGGAUGGAAGCUCGUGCGUCUUGGAUACACUCGAGCAAACGAAUCUGAUCCUUUCAUUGCUACCAACGGAGAUACGGAUGUUUACACCGAUUUCCGGUAUUUAGAACCAAAUGUUCAACCAAGCAACGGGUUUUGUACCUAUCUUCGACUGACAAGAAGAAAAAAGUGGACUGAAAAACAAAUGAAUACGAUGACACAAGAGAAGUGCGACAAUCAAAAGAGAAUGUCAUUGUGUAGAUUUGAAGAAGGCACUCCAGAAGCGAGGAUCCGAAAUGGAGAUGACUUCUCAAGAUACGAGGUUGCGGACAUAACUGCCAACUUUGAAGACGCAUCUGCUUACUGCCACGAGAGAGGAGGCUACUUGCCCUACAAUCUUGAAUACGAUAUCGGAAACUAUACUGAUCAAGAUCAAUGGACUGGGCUUCGAAGAUUUGGCAACAGCUUUGUCGACACAGUCAAUAGAGAAUUCGAACCAAGCGACGAUGACUGGGAUGUGAAUGAGCCAAGUUCAAUUAAAGGCGGCGGUCAAUGUGUUCAAAUUGGUAGAAACUCAGAUGGUGAUCUGAAAUUAAAAAUGCAAAACUGUCUACAAAAACUACCUUUUCUCUGUCGAUACAAUUACGAUUGUAACAAGAACAUUGUAUCUAACAGACGAAGGCAACUAACAGUUGGACAACCAAUGUUUCUACAGGAUCUUCAAUGUUCAGGAAGCAACGAGUGGUCUAUUGGAGUGUCUUUCAAGUGCAAAAACAGCAAAGCAGACCCUGCUGAAGACUUGGUAACUAUUGUAGACAAUGAUAAUCCGUCAACUCCCUUCUUUCGAAUUCAUCGACCUGCUUAUACAUACAACUACGAAAUUAUAAUCCCGAAAAUGUCUGAGAAUACAGAAGUUGAAGGAGAAUUUUUCAAUCCCUACCCGGGCCAUGUUCAUGUCCGCGACAGAGAGGAGCCUUCGCCAAUGUACAAGACUUGGAUGUGCUCAAGUAGACCAGAAUCAGAUGCGAAUCUCGAAAUAAGGCAAACUUUUUGCCCUGAAACAGGCAAAUACACAAAAUCGUUGUUCUGGAACAACUUGGAACGAAUGCGCUACGUUGACGACGUUCCGAGCCGCAUCGCGAAUCUUGAGUUCUACAUUGGAGGAAACUCUAACCCAGCGACAGAGAUAAAGUAUUUCAGUGUUGGUCAAAUGGACAAGUAUGGCGGUCAAUGCGAUGUUAAUCAAUAUGAUUGCGUUAAACCAGACAAUACGACAAUCCCAUAUGGAUCAGCCGAAUGGAUGUAUGGAAAGAAAGGCAACAACAGACGAAGACGAGGCAAAUGUUAUUGUAUGUCCAGGGGUCAAUACAAAUGCGUGCGAAUGGAUGGAAGAGAUUUUUGA